ACUCAGUGUAAAUAGUCAUUGGGGUAAAGAUAAACAUUGGCGGCGAAAUUUAAAUAGAUACGUAGCAAGUAGGCCUAGCCUACGAGUAAUGAUGGCUGGUACGAUGUUCAAUUUUGAAGUGAUCUACAACAGUAUCAAAGAUUCGCAAUAUGAAAAAACAAGGAAUGAGAAGAGAUUGUCAGAAGCCAAACAGAGCAGGAUAAAUUUGGAACGCAAAUAUGAAGCUGUUGCAUCCAAACAUGCUCAGCUGAAUGAAAUUCAUAAUAAAAUGCUAGAAACAUUGAAAGUUGGACAGCAUAAAGUCAUGCAGACUCAGUCGCAGAUUGACAGCCAAGAAACGAUCAAUUCAGAAAUCAGAGAAAAGCUAAACAAACUUGAAAACUUGAUAGAAGAAGAGGAGAAGAAACACCAAAGUCAGAGGGAGGAUUACGAAGACAAGCUCAGUGAACUGGAACGUCUGUAUCGAGAAGCCAAUCAAUUUUAUAAAGACGAUGCUUUAUUGAAGCAAGUUUCAGAGAUCUUGAAGCAGAAGAACAUUAUGUCAGAAAAACUUGAAGCAAGUGAUGCGGACAAGGGAGACUUGAGGAUGCUGCUUGAGGGAUUACAGUUAAAGGAGGAUGUGCAAGAAAAACAGCAAGACGUUGAUGAGGAACAGCAGAAGAUUCUGCAGGACAUGUUCCAAGCAGAUUUAGAAUCCAAGAAAGCCACAUUGGCAACACUUCAAAAAACCAGAAUCAAAAUUGAAAAAGAAGUGAAACAGUUGUCUGAGUGGGAGCCUCCGAGUGAGUUUGUUUUGGAAGAAGACCCGUCACUAGUUGCUUAGCAACAAAACAACCACAAUACAAGGCUGGUAAAGAGACAGGUCUUUAAGAUGAUGUAUUUAUGGUGCCAAAAUAUGCUUUGAAUUUUAAUUGCCAUUUAAUUUUUCACUUAUUGCGUGAAUUUCAAUUAUUUUCUUAAAUUUAUCGGUGAUAAUGUGCUAUUUGAGUGCAAUAUUAUGUUUCUGAAAUAUUAAAUAUUAUUUAUUUUUAUGAUUUGUUUUUGCAAUAUUUUAAAUAAAUAUGCAACUACUGGUAAUUUUUUUAAAAGUGUACUCACUAUAUACACAGAAAAACAAACAUAUACUGUACACUUAGGUAGUAUUAUGUAUUACGAUCGAUACAGGACAAUUAAAAGUCCACAUUCUCACAUAUGCUUUUAACAUGCUUAAGUGAAAUAUUAAAAGGAUUGGCCAUUGUGAACCUAUGAAGUUAUGUACUGUAGUUAAUACCAAUUUUUUUUAAUGGCUACAGCAAUGUGGACCUACCACGGGCUCACUCAUCCAUAGCCAUCAUUCAUUUUCUGCCCAUUUAGCUUCAGCCCAAACCGUGUCUUAAGCCCUGUUCAAAAACGUGUGCCAUGCUUAAAUAUUGUCAUGAUGACAUCACCACAUGACCAUAUAUAGGCACAUCAUGACUAUAUAAGGGUUUUCAGCAGUUUGUGAUGUCAUUACGUUUUGGAUCUUACCUUAGUCGUGUAAUCAGAAACGCACGAAUAUACUUUUCCCACUGUAUGCAUCUAAAAAUAAAACAGAGAUUCAACCUUGAGACUGGUAGUUGAUCUGAAUUUGCUUGCGUGCGUUGGGCUUAAGGCAAUGUUAAUAUGCUAAUGAGAUAGCCUGUUAUUAAAUCAGAAUUCUGUACCUCAAUAUAUCCCAAAGCUUUUUCAAUCUCUUUGCCUAUCGUUUUUCAUUGCUGGAUUCAUUCCGUAACUCAAUCCAGUCUCUUUAACCCUAACUUAACCUCUGAACCACCUUUAAUGGUGGAGAUUUCUUGCCUAAACACCUUUGCAAAACACCAGGCCUUUUACGGACUUCUCAUAAACUUCAGGUUCGAUUUUUACUACUCUCUGAAAUUGAUUGCAAUAUAGCGGGAUAUAUUUUAUGUGGAGUGGAUCUAAUUCAUGAUUCUCUGUGUGUCACGUAAAGUUUAUUUAAUGUGUGUGUACUUCUAGCUCUAGGGUAAAAUGUUUCUAGGAUUAAAUCUCAUUGAAGUGGCUUCCUCUAUGAGGAUGUGUCAUAAUCAAUUUCACAGACCUAAAAUUAUACUUUUAUACGUGUUAAAAUCCUUGAACAUCCUCAGCUUUUCAUUGAUUGACACUGGCACUAAAAUUCAUCCUUUUGUUGCCGAUUGAAAAUUGAUCAAUCCUGAACAUUUCAUCCUGUGUUUGACUGUAACGUAACCUGUGCAGUGUGUGUAUCUAGGGUUGCGCUUGGGGGGAGGGUAACAAAAUGUGGUUCUCCAAUCUCUCCUCCCCCACAAAAAAUCAUGCUCAAAUAGUUGAAAAUCACCUUAUAUCAACUUAUUUUGUGACCUAGCUCCUCGCACUUAAUUAUUGAGUCCCCACUCCACCUUCGCAACCCCCCAUCAACUCCCACAUUUCAAGAUUCCUAGUUACGCCACUGAUGAUGCCAGGAUUAGCCAAACAGAAAAGGGGGUGGAGGGGAGAUGUUGUAGGGGCUGUGUGGUUUGAUAAUACGUAGCAGAGGCUAGCGGGGUCCACGAGCAAAGCCCUGGUGGUAUUCCAGGUAGCUAUUAGCUUCGGUGUUUGCAUGUGAAGUUAGUGGCCAAGCUUUUUUUCAGGCAAAUUUAGAAGCAGAGUGGUUUUCACAUGAGGCCAGUAGCUUUGCUGUUUGUGUGUGAGGUUGGUAGCUGAGCUGUUUGCAUACGAGGCUUUCACUAUACAUGAGGCCAAGAGCUUAGCUGAUUGUAUGUGAGAUUGUUAGCUGAGCAGAUCAUGUGAAACUUUUAACUGAGCAGUUUACACAUGAGACCAGUAGCUUUGCUGUUUGCAUGUGAGGUUUAUAGCUGAGCAGUUUGCAUGCUAGGCUUCUAACUGAGCUGUUUACACAUAAGGCUAGUAGCUGGUUUGAAUUGCUCAUGACUUUCAAACAAACAAUUUGUUUACUGUGGUUUUCACAUUAUCUUGCAUCAUAAUUUUAUCACUCAUUUAUUCAUGUGAUUAAAUUCAUCCUGUAUGCGAGCUGGGAUAGCCAUCCUGUCUCUCCACCUUGUGAUUGGCUGAGACACAUAUUCACUGUUGUAUAAACCUACUGAUUUAAUGUUAAAAAUACAGUGCACAUCUGACUGUUUGGUCAACAUGUCAGAGAAUACCAUUUUAAGCUUGUUUAAAUGUUUGAUUCUCAUUAGCACAGACAAGAGGAUUAAGCCAUAAUCCAUACAUAAUACCUAGAUAAUUCCUUAGUCCAAGUAGUCUAGAUAAUCUGAGUAUUAAUUGCCUACAAAGCUAUUUGAAGAUUAUUGAAUAUUUAUAAACUUUACAGCCCCUGAAUCAAAACAAAAUGAUUAAUUCCAAAAAUAAUCCAUACGUAAUCCUCUCUAAAUCCAUUUAUUCUAGGUAAUCCAAGUGCUCUAUUAAUUACCUACGGUGUACACAAUACCAGCACACACUUCAUAAUUGUAUUCUUGUAGCAUGAAAUUUGAUUAAAUACUUAAAAGGAUGAUUCUAAUUAGUAUGUAUUCCCAUUGGUCAUAUAUUAAUUUUUUAUUAUAACAGCAUAAUAAUCUGAAUUAAGUUUCUCAGUUUUUCAAAAGAUUAGAUAAAUUUGACCUUCAUGGCGUGUUCAUUUUUAAUCCAAGUACCGGUACUCUAAAUACCCAUGCUGUAUUAGUAUGAAUUGUCAUCAAAGCUACUUUAAGGAUCAUAUAUUUAUAAACUUUACUGCUCCUGAAUCAAAACAAGGUGAUUAAUCUCAUGAUAAUCUGUAUGCAAUCCUCCAUAAAUCUAUUUAUUCUAGAUAAUCCAAGUGCUGUAUUAAUCAUAAUCCAAGUACUGUAUUAGUUACCUAAAGUGUACUCAGUACCAGCACACACUUCAUAAUUAUAUUCUUGUCAUAUGAAAUUUGAUUAAUUACCUAAUGGAUCAAUCUAAUUAUUAUGUAUUUCCAUUGGUCAUAAAUUUAAUUAUAUUUUACAGCUUGGUAAUCUGAGUUUUAUAUUUUUGAGAUGAUGGAAUAAAUAUGACCUUGAUGUGAAAAGGGUAUCGUUAACAAAGCACAUUCAUGCAAUUUUACCAGUAUUGGGAGAUCAUUGUGAAUAUGGGAUUUGGCAUUCUUCUAAAUCUAUGUAGCAUUUUUAUGUAUACUCCUACUCUAUGGAGCAGGGAAAAUUGUACAGUACUCUGUUCCGCAAAAGUUAAGGAUGAGGUGAAAAUAAUUUAGGUUAUUUCACGUAAGAUGCUCAAAAUUGGCUCUAUCAGGCCAGUUGUCUCUGGCUUGAAAACUGAUUCUUAAUUAAAACGGCCCACCUUCUUGGACCGCACUUGACUCUGUGCUUGUGUCUCAGGGAUGUUGCACCUCCCUUUGCAUAAUGUAACAGGGGCUAAAAGUCAAUUUGAAUUUAUGGAUUAAAGGGUCUGGGGUAUUAAUAUUGUUAGUCUUAUAUAGCUCUGUGUACUGCUGCUUACAGUAUUACCUCUCCCCUUCCCACUCUCUAUCUCCCUGUAACAUUCCUCGUUGAGCUUCCUAGUAAGUUAGGAUUGACGUACUUAGUGACUAGAAGUCUCAGAUUAUAGGCCUGCUGCAUCGGUGUGUAUCAACUAGAGAAAAAAUAACAUCUACAUCUCCAUCACUAGUGUAUCCUGGUUUUUACCAAAUGUGCUUGCCUUUGUUUUUGUAGCGAAUAAAUACUCAAGUUUCCAGGGGCGGAUUUAGCGGGGGGCCGGCCCGGCCCCGGCUCCCCCUUUUGGGAGGUAAAAAAAAAGAAAAAAAAAG